UGUCUUGUUAUUGGAGGAGCAGGAUUUUUGGGUCAACAUCUUGUUGAAGACUUGAAGGCCAAGGGAUAUAAUGUCGGUGUUAUGGAUAUCAGAGAACCAACCAUCACAAAGGAUGUUAAAUUUUACAAGACCGAUAUUUGCAACAAGGAGCAAGUUCUUGAAGCUUUCCAAGAUUUUAAUGUAGAUACUGUUUUCCACACUGCCACUCCUGAUCCUUUCAAAUCACCAGCUGCAGUUCUCUACAAGGUCAAUGUUGAAGGCACUCGUAAUUUGUUGGAUUGUUUAAUUGAAACUGCUUCUGGAAAGGAAACCAAGAAUUUCGUUCUUGUUUCAUCUGCAUCUGUAGUUUUUGAUGGUACUGAUACCAAUAAUUGUGAUGAAACUAAACCAUAUGUCAAAUCAGGUGUUAAUGUUUAUACUGACACCAAAGUUGAACAAGAAAAAUUAACACUUAAAUAUGGUAAAGAACAUAAGGAUAAGAUCAGAACUGUUGCUAUUAGACCAGCAAGUAUUUUCGGUGAAAGAGAUUUAUUAUUUAUUCCUACUGUUUUAGAUAAUGGUAAGGCAGGAAAGACCAAGUUCUAUGUCGGAAAUGGUAAAAAUUAUAUGGAUUAUACAUAUGUUAAGAACGUCACACACUCACUCAUUUUAGCAUCAACUCAUUUGGAUAAAGAUGAAGUUAGUGGUGAACCAUUCUUUGUCACAAAUCAAGAACCUGAAUUGUUCUGGGGAUUUAUGGCUGAUAUUUUGAAGGAAUUCAAUUAUCCAACUCCAAAGAUUGGUGUUCCAGUCCAAAUUAUGUAUGUCAUCAGCUACAUUUUGUUGAUUGUUGCCUUUGUUUUGAAGUUCUGUGGUAUCAAGUUUGCUAUUCCACCACAAUUUGAAUUGGAUAAGAAUGCCUUGUUAGUUGCUGAUAGAAGAUUCAAUUCCACAAAAGCUACUCGUUUAUUCACAUAUAAGCCUGUUUAUGAUAUGAAGGAAGCCAAGAAGAGAACAGUUGGUUACUUU